UACCCAAAAAAACAAAACAAGAGCUCUCAACUUCUUCUUUUUUUUAUUUGUUUUCUUGUUAUAAAAGGUUCAUUCAAUUGUUCAACAAAUGAUAAGGACAUGAAAUCUCUCAUGCGGUUCUAGGUGUUGCUUCUCCAUCUCCAGAGUCCACCACUCCACCCUCUCCAUUAUCCCACCAAUAUCGAAUCUUUCUACCUUUUUCUAUCCUAAAACUCAAAAUCUAAACAAAGAGCUUUAACAGGUUCUACAGAUUCUAGAGAGCCCCACCCACAUUCAAAACAAUCAAGGCCCUCCUCCUUCGACGACUACAAUUCAGAAACUUCCAGUGACAACAGCCAUGAAUUUGCAGCAAGAAAAGAUUAACAAGAAGAAAACCACGACCCACAAGGAUGCUAAUCUAACAUGUACCAAACCCUGUUGUUUCUUCUGCACCAUGAAGGAGCCAGAACCACCUCUCAGAACAGCUGGGAUCGCCAAAUGCUUCAAAGAAAUCCCUCGCAGAGACGACCAAGAACACAUUCUGGUGCUAAGUGGGCUCUGGAAUCUCGCCAUGACUCAACCUGACGAUCCUGAAUUCCCAUCUCUCGGCAUCUUCGAAUGUAUGGCUAGCCUAAUCAACAAAGGCAUCAAAGACCAUGACUGGCUUCUCAGAGACCAGAACAUCUAUAUCCCUUACUACGCUGCCCACAUCAUCGGUUCCUACACCAUGAACAAGGCUGAGUUCGCUGAGAAAGCCGUGAAAUCAGGAGUAAUUCCACCAUUGAUGGAGCUUCUGAGAGGAAAGAUCAGUUGGGUUGAACAGAGGGUCGCUGUGCGCGCGCUUGGUCAUCUCGCCAGUUACGAGAGGACCUUCAACGCGGUUGCCGAACGCGAAGAAGAGACUGUGAACCUCACCAUGCACAUAGCCUCCAGUUGCCUUGAUUCUGUGUACGUCAAUUUCAUCAGAUUCAAGGAGAAGAAGAGGUCCAAGUACCAAAGCGACUUGCUUACAAGAGGCGUUGGUGGAUUUGAUAUGGAGAAUCGGAAAGCAGAGGAAUGGGUUAGCCAGCUUCAAUGUUGGUGUCUCUAUCUCCUAAAUUGCUUUGCUUGCAAACAGAGGUCUUUGAAUCUGAUCUGCAAACCUGGGUUCUUGAAGGAAUUGUGCCGAAUGUGGGGUGGGCUUGUAAACCAUAGCUCUCCUGCUGGAGUUGGACUGAUAAGAAUCCUCUGUUACAGCGAAACAGGGAGAAAAAGCGUUGCAGAGUCCAAGGAAGUCAUGGAGAGCCUCUGUAAUAUUUCGAGAUCAUCAGAUAAAUGGCAGUACAUGGGAAUCGACUGUCUCCUGCUUCUAAUCAAGGACCCAGUUACGAGGCACAGAGCCAUGGAGAUUGCGACUACGUAUCUGGCCGAUUUGGUUGAGCUUGGAAACCUUGGGGGAAGAGAAGAAGUAGGAGACGCAAUCACAGAAGCACUGCUGUUACACUACAGUGAGGAGAAGAAAUCAAAAUUCAAGAAGAACAGAGUUGUCGAAAAAGCAUUAAAGGAGAUACGGGAUUUGAAAGUAGAGAGGAGAAAGAGAGAGAAAGUGCUUUCGGAUGCAGAAAUGCAGAAGAGAAUUGCUUUAGUGGGUCUGUUAAAGCAACAAGGAAACGAGAGGUUCUGGUGUGGCGACAUCGAAAAAGCAAUUAUCAAGUACUCAGAAGCUCUGGAGCUGUGCCCAUUAAAGAUAAGAAAGGAAAGAAUCGUUCUUUAUAGCAACAGAGCCCAGUGCCAUCUGCUACUGAGAGACCCUGAAGCAGCCAUCAGCGAUUCUACUCGAGCUCUCAGCUUGUCUAGGCCUGCAAAUUCUCACGGUAAGAGUCUAUGGAGGAGGUCUCAAGCCUACGACAUGAAAGAAGGGUUGGCCAAGGAGAGCUUGUUGGACUCCAUCGUCUUCGUGAACGGCUGCUGCAUCACGUCUAUGGAGACGAAGCGAAUCAAGGUUCCGUAUUACGCCGUUCGUAUGAUCAACAAACAAAUGAAUGCCACGUGGCUUUUCGCCGACGCAAGUUUUAGGAGGUCGAGGUCGAGGUCGAGGUCGAGGUCGAGGUCGAUGUCAAACAAACCAGGCCACAGUAAAGGAGUAGUGAAUAAAGAGUACUCUGAGCCUGAGGCUUCCUCCGAUGACGAUGAUGAGAUGAUCAUGAAGGGGACUAUGGGCCCCACUUUUACCAAAGGUCUGUCAACGAUAGUGGAAGAGCCGUUGGUUGCAAAAGCACUGUGGAGUGAAAAGCUGAAAACCAAAACAAGAAGGCGCAGGAAGAAGCAGUCUUCGACCGCUUGGAAAACCCAAAAUCAAGACUGAUACUGUGACACAGAGAAAGGGUUUAGGAAAAAUGAUGAGAUGUUAGAUAUAGAAGACGUGUUAAGGAGUAAAUCUGCGAUUAUUUAGUAGUAAAAUCUUAUUAGUGGUUGUAAAUUGUAAUGGCAUCUCUAAUUUUAGGGUAGAAUCUAAUUAGUGAAUGUAAUGGCUUCUCUGCUUCUCUGGUA